AUGAACGGUGAGGAGGACAGGCAGCCCAACAACAGGUUGCAAGAAAGUAUCCCAGAGGGGUACCACCACCAGCCUGUGCGAAGACCCAAUGAACCCCAUUUUGGCGCACCCGAGAGAGGGCCCUCAAACGUCCCCUGCGAAGGUAUAACCGGACCCCUUCCAACAUACUACCAUCAGGAAAAUGAUGGGAUGUACUUGAGGCAAGAAACGUUGCUUGCUAGAUGGGGGGGGCAUUAUCACCGGGAUUCUUUCAACGAUGAACAGUCGUGGGGCAGUCACCGAAUUGGAGAGACCCCAAGUGAGCACCUCGGGGGGGGGCACCACCUACCCAGCAACAGUGCCGUAGCAGAAUUACCCUAUAGAGAUGCUCACAAUGCCGCCAUUUUUAAUAGCUUCGUGAGGGUCCCCCUUAACGUAGACCACGUUGCAAUGAGCAGAGCGCUUCCCCGUGGUGCCAGCAUGCAAAUGAACAGUUGGAGCUAUCACCCUAGUCAGAGCAACCAGCAUAUGGUUCGGGCGGACCAUCACCCGUAUGCAGGCAUCGCUGCGUCUGUGGCUUCUUCCUCCGCGGCUAACUCGUCCGGGGGGUUUCCCACCGGGUACGACCCGCGAGCGGUGGGUGGUGUACACCCCUCUGUGGGAUUCCAACAAGGGUAUGCCGCCCAGCAGGGGUACACCACCCAGCAGGGGUACCCCCCCCGUGUUGAUAACCCAACCGGCGCCCGAGAGAGCUACUGCGCCCUGCCAGGGAACCACCCCUAUGGGGCGGAACAGUUUUCAAGCUAUAGUGACCGUCGCAGAGGGAGCUUUGGCCAGUACGGGAGUACCAGUGGGGGGGAGCACCCCCUGCGGGAGGCAGUCAACAGGCAGAGGUACCAACCCGGUGGAGGUGGUGUGCUGGCCCGAAGUGCGGAAUUGCGUUAUGGGGCCUGCGCCGAUGAGGGGGAUUAUCCCCCCUAUGGAGUGAGCAUGUACCAGGGGGGCGAGCGCGGUAACCGAGGCCGCCGUUCCCAUGGCGGUCACUCCGCCGCCAACCGCUUCCAGAAGGCCCGCCCGGCAGCAGCCAGUGAAGGGAAAAGCCGCCCAGGGAGAGGCGGUCCGGGGAAAGGCGGUCCGGGGAAAGGCGACCCAGAGAAAGGCGGCCCGGGGAAAACCCCGCCUGACGUGGCCGGCCAAGAUGCCCCCCCCACGGGGGAGAACAAAAUCCUGCUGACGGAGGACAGCCAGAAGAGCGCCCAGAGGAACAUACAGAAGCUGUCGAUCUACAACGCGAGGAGCGAAAUUUUAAGAAUGAUAGAACAAAACGACAUCACCUUCAUCCAGGGAGAAACCGGCUCGGGCAAGUCCACGUGCGUGCCAAAAUUCCUGCUGGAGCACAGCCUCAAAGAGGGGAGAGAAAAAAUAAACAUCAUCGUAACGGAGCCGAGAAGAAUCGCCUGCAUCUCCCUGUCCAGGAUCCUCUCCGAGCUGAUGAACGACAAGCUAGGCAACACAGUAGGGUAUAGAAUAGCAGGGGAGGCCGUGUACGACAGCGAAAAAACGCUAGUAACGUACAUCACCAUUGGAUUCCUUUUCAAGUUAUUCCUUCACCAUCGAAAUAUGUAUAGGAAGUUUACGCACGUCAUCAUCGAUGAGAUUCACGACCGGAGUAUCCUCCUUGACAUUGUGCUGCUCUUCAUUAAGGUGUACCUGCACACGAGGAGGAAGGACGAGGAGAUGUUCAAACUGGUGAUCAUGUCGGCCACGAUGCAGAGCAACCUCUUCCACGCGUACUUCGAGCACGAGAGCAUCUCCAUGGGCUCCAUCUUCAUCGGCACCAAGAUCUACAGCAUCGACACUUUCUACAUCGAGGACAUCAUACGCUACGCGCGCGGGGGGGUCCGCGGGGGAGAAGACCGUGCAGAAGACCGUGGCGAACUUGGAGAGGGCCGUGCCGAGCCUAGGGGAGACUGUGCCAAACCUGGGGGAGACCCCCCACGGCGCGAACGAGUGAUCGAAUUCAUCCUGCGGCAGAAGAACCGCAAGAAGCUGCACCUCUCGGGGGGCGCAGAGGCCCUGCUGCAGAGAAUAAAGAACGAGUACGACAAGAGCAUCAACCUGUUUAACUCAAAAAAUGCGAAGAGCGAUUGCAAAAGAGACAUCGACGUGGAGCAAAUAAUCCCAGCCAACGUUUUCUCUAACAUAUCGGAGCUCUGCCUAGAGCUGGUGCAAAACUUGUGUCUGCUCGGAGACAGCGUUCUUAUUUUCCUCUCGGGAAUGCAAGACAUCACAGACAUGUACCACCAGCUCUGCCUCAUCAUUAAUAACAAUUCGAAGAAGCAACACGUCCGCUUCCACAUACACAUCCUCCAUAGCUGCCUGUACGAUAAUACAAUCCACAAGCUACACGAAAGUGACCGAGACAGCAUCAACAUCUUCCUCUCGUCAAACAUCGCGGAGAGCUCCAUCACCAUCCCAAACGUCCGGCUAGUCAUCGAUUUCUGCAUACAGAAAAAUAUAGAGUACAAUUCUGAGAGGAGGGCCCACAUUCUGGUGAAGAAAUGGAUCAAUAAAUCGUCCAUGGAGCAGAGGAAGGGGAGGUGCGGCAGGACUUGCCAUGGGAUUUGCAUCCGCAUGAUUAGCAAGAAGUUUUUGAACCUCCUGAGGGACCACAAGGUCAGCGAGAUUUACACCCACAGCCUGCACCUCCUGUAUCUCUACAUUUUGAAGAGCAUGUCGGUGCUCAGUCAGCUGAUAAGGGGCCCCCCCAGGGGAGCGGCCGGGUCUGUCGGGAGAGCGGCCGGGUCUGUCGGGAGAGCGGCCGGGUCUACCGGAAGAGCGGCCGGGUCUACCGGGAGCGCCUCCCCACCUGCCGGGAGCGCCGCCCCGCCUGCCGGUGCCCCCCCCCAGAAGCUCAGCAUGUACGACGUGCUUAGCAUGAUCAUCGAGCAGCCGUCCAGGGAAAAAAUCCGCAGCACGCGCCACGAGCUGGAAAAAAUGAAGGCCAUCAUUAAAGUUAAGGACAAGCUAGUCAUCUCCAUCAUCGGGCAGAUAAUGAUUCGCUUCAACAUGAGCAUAAACCUGUGUAGGCUGCUUCUCUUCGGGGUGGUGAUGAACGUAACCUUCGACGCGAUCAUCAUCACCGCCAUCAUCAAUACGAACGAUAUAUUCCCCUCCUUUAAUUUGUUCACAUCGAAAAGUGUUUACUCCUAUGGGGUCUCUCUGGAAGUGUCCCUCAAGCAGAAGCAGUACUUUGAUGGCAGGAGCUACUCCGAACCCAUCAUGCUCAGGAACGUCUUCAUCGAGUGGCUGUGCGUUUUUUCCCUCUACGUCCAGGACCUUAAAAAUCAAAAUACGUUUGACAAAUCGCAUGUGAAAACCUACCACAUUACCACGUGCACGUUGAUGAGCAAGAGGAACCACAUCAACGCGAAGAAGCUCCUCUGCGUGGUGAGCAGUGUAAACAGCCUCUGCAAGAGAUUAUUAAAAAUUCUUAGCAGAAGCAGCAAUGCGUAUAGAUCCGCCGUCUACCUCUUAAAUUUGCUUAAGGGGGAAGUCCCUCCCACGCGGUUGGACAGCGGGUUGCAACAUGACGGAGGAGGGGUAGAUACCCCUGGGGAUGAUCCCACGGAUGAAACCCUAAACGCGAAGAACGUCUUCCGAAUCGUCACCAAAUACUCCUGUUUUGACCCUUCCAACGAAAAUUUGUAUUUGAAGUUUCUCUUUACCCUCGCCUUUACCCCCCUGUUCAUACAUGGCUCUCCACAUUUGCCCCUCCAAAAUGAAAAUGAAAGAAAUGAGAAGAAGGCCAAGGGGAAGAAGCUGCUCGCCCUGCUAAACUACAUGACGCAGCAAAAGUUGAAUGUAAAGAACUGCAUCUAUUUUAGGGGGCCCUACUACCACGAUUUGAACAUCCUGAGGAAGGCCCUCUUCAUCAUGUGCCCCUAUUUGUCCCUCGAGUUGCUGCAGACGAAGAACUUUUACGUAAUACAUUUUUUUGACCGGGGGGGCGUCAACGGGUUCUUGAAUGAGUCUCUCCCCUCCCACGGGGGGGACGCGCACCGCGGCCAGGGGAGCGGAAGUGGGAGAGGAAGCGGCGUGGGAAGUGGCCUGGGAAGUGGAAGCGGCGUGGGCACCCCCUCCUGCUGCUACGGCGUGCUCGUGGGGCCCGAACUCAGAAAGGUCCUGCCAAGCCCGGCGAGCGCCAAGCAGUACGAAGGAGCGGUGGAGAAGAUAAGAAGGGAGCUCCUGCACAUGUACGGAAGAGACACGGAAAAGAACAUUUUCCAAAAUUUCCACGAUAACAUUGUGAGCGUCAUUCAGCCGGUCCAAGCCAUAGUCCCCGUGCAUCUAAACCAGAUGGACGAAAUUAACAACGCGGCUCUGUGUACCCACAUCAUUAACAUGUUUUCGAGUGGUCGCACCUGCUUUAGCAUUCCCCUGUGGAGGGGCGGCUCGUAUGGCGGCUCGUAUGGUGGCUCGCAUCAUCGAUCCGGUGCCUCUCAACAUCGAUCCGGUGCCUCUCGGGUGAGCAACUACUUUAACCACCACUACGAGAUGAACAAGCCCAAGCACCUCUUCCUCGUGAAGUGGACCCUCCUGAACACGGAUAAUUACAAGAUCAGCAAGAAGGAGAAGGCGGAAAGGGAGCUGCGGCGCCAGGCGCAGAAAGGGGGGCUCGCGGCAGGGCAAGCGAAGCGGCAACCGAAGGGACUCGCGGCAGGCCAAACGAAGGGGCAAACCGAAGGUGAUCGCCAGGGGGGCCAGUGCGAGGAGGAGGGGGGUGAGAAGAUCGAUGCGAAAACCGCUGCGAAAACCGCUGCGAAAACCGCUGCGAACGCCGCUCCGGAUGAAGCCCCCCCCAAGGGCGCCGACCAGGAGGGCGCCAACUCGGAGGAGCAGGGGGGAGAAGCCGCCGCACGCAACGGCAGCUCCGAUGGAUCUGACCGCCCCAACCACUGCAACCACUCCGACCUGUCCGACUGCUCAAACCUGAGCAGCAAAGGGAAGCAGAAAAAAAUGAAGUGCAAUUUGAGCUUCAGGUCCGUCCUGGGCUUCCUCUCCCUCUGCCCAUUUGAGUACGAUGCACAGAAGCGGACUUACAGAAGACAGACGCAAGACAUCUUUGCCGUCUGCUCAAGCAUCGAUUACAGCUGCACCAAUGAUACCUACACGUGGGUCAAUUACGCCACCGUUAUUCCAAACAGAUUGUUUCUGAGCUUUUUCCUUUCCGCUCUACCCUACCACGAUAAUGUAAUCCUUAACACCAGAACGAAUUUGAGAGGGCUGGAAAUCUUGUCUGUAAAGAUCUUCGAUUCCAAAGAGAUUGUCAUUCGGGACGUGCGGAAGAGGAAGUCCAAGGGGGGGGGCGCGGCCACGGCUGAGGGGGGAAACAGAGGAGGUACUACCGAAGCGACGGGCAGAAGUGCCACCGAAGCGAACAGCGGAGGGACCCCCACAAGCCCACUGACCAUUAACAAAUACGAUUUGCUGCGCAUCAAUUAUUUGCGCUACUGCAUGUCCUCCUUUUUGUUUUUCCUCACCUGGGUGUAUAACAACCGGGAUGAGGAGGAGCACCCUGUGGGGGAGAACCGCGUGGAGGAACACCACUUGGAGGGGCACCACCUGGAGGAGCACCACCUGGAGGAACACCACUUGGAGGGGCACCACCUGGAGGAGCACCACCUGGAGGAACACCACUUGGAGGGGCACCACCUGGAGGAGCACCACCUGGAGGAGCACCGCUUGAAGGACGCGGCGGACGAGCCGGACGAGUACUUCAGCGAAGACGACGCGGUGAGCGACGUGGAGGAAAACCGAGUCCUCAGGGAAAGCCCCUACAUCAGCAGGGUCAUACGAAACCUAAUUAAGGAAAACAACCGAGAGGAAAUUAACUACGAAAUGUAUGCUGUGGGGAGUGAUGCAGAUGGUGAAAGCGGUGACGGAGGGGAGGUGCCCACCGGACGGGGAAGAAGACGAACUCAGUUCAACCCCAACUUCCUGCAUGCAAGUGACAAUUUGGUAGCCUUGGACGAAGCGUGGAAUGGAGGCAAAGGGGCACAUCUCCUGAAGACGUAUGGCCCCCUGCACAGCUACCUAAGCUCCCCAAAUGACCCAUCAUUAGUUAGCAGUUCGCCUCGGGAGAAAUGCCAGACGUGCUUAUCCUCUGUAAAGAAGAGCCACUUGAAUAAUAACUUCUCAUUACAAAUUUUGCUGUCCCUAAAUGCAUAUGCGAAGGGGUGCACGUCGGAGGAGUUCCUCUUUUUCAAUCCGAUCAACUUGGGGCCAAUGGAAGACCUGAGUUACCGCCUGCGCUGCAUGUACUACGAGGAGAGCGCUCCGGAGGGGCCGCCCUGA